GAAGCUGGCACAGACUGCAGACUGUCUGUAACAUACUGGCCUUGGGUUAGGGUAGCAAACUGUGAGCAAGAGGCUGUCUGAUCUGAAAGGUGAGGGAGAGCUGAAUAUUUGAAGGAAGCCAGAACUAAAUCUGUAUCCUGACAAAGUUGAGAUAAGGUGAAUGGAAACUGCUGGACUUUCCUGCUGUACAAACCUCUUUUAACAUGGUUAGCUCCAAAUACUGCCCAGCUGUAUGUUAUUUAGCCAGAUUCUCAGGGGAGAAAGUAAAGUAGAAGCUGGGAAAGGAAGUGAAAGCAUUCUUUUAGGGCUAUCAUUAGACAGCCUUAAAGUGACACAUCUGGCAAUUGAAGGCGGGGAAGUAAAAACAACCGAGGCUGCAAAGCAGGAGGAGCAGACUCCAGAGAAAGACUUGACAACAACUUGGAGAAAAGGCUGUCGGAGAAGGGGAGGAAAUGGCUUGUAUUUCACCCUGGCUCUGUGCUUUCUUCCUAACUAUCUUUGGAUUGUUUAGCUCAGCUGCUGGCUCUGGGCAAAGCAGUGGUUUUCCCAUCUAUACAGUGGAUGAUAUUAAGGGUAAAGCUACCACCUACAGAAAUCAGGGUUCACUGGACAUCGGGAGUCAAUAUGAGGAGAAAUGUGACGCAGGCUGGUUCAGCACAGAUUAUGGAUCGUGUUUGCCUUGUGAAUGUCAUGGAUAUUCAGACAAUUGCCUUGAUGGUUCAGGAGAUUGCAUUGAUUGUCAGGAUAAUACAACAGGGAAGCAAUGUGAAAGAUGUCUUGAUGGAUAUAUCGGUGAUGUCAUUGAAGAUCAUUUAGUUUCUUGCCAACCAUGUCCUUGUCCUCUAACGCUACCCACAAACAAUUUUGCUAUUUCCUGCAUGAAGAAAGCCAACAGAUUACGCUGUAUUUGCCAGGAAAAUUAUGCUGGGCCCAGCUGUGAAAGAUGUGCACCUGGGUACUAUGGAAACCCCUUGCUAAUAGGAAGCUUUUGCAAGAAGUGUAACUGCAAUGGUAAUUCUGAUCCCAACUUGAUCUUUGAUGACUGUGAUGAAAUAACUGGCAAUUGUCACAAUUGUCUGCGGAAUACAACAGGUAUCCACUGUGAACGCUGUGCUCCAGGAUACUUUGGAGAUGCCGUUGUUGCCAAAAACUGUACAGACUGUCUCUGUGAGAAAUGUGGGACGGACGAGUGUGAUCACCAGUCUGGGCACUGUCGCUGUAAGCCUGGAGUUACGGGAACUUUAUGUGACCACUGUGAGGUUGGAUACUAUGGAUACAGCAGUUGUUCUGGUUGUCUUCAAUGUGAGUGCACUGAAGCUUCUCUGGGUAAUUACUGUGACCCAUUGAGUGGACAGUGUAGGUGCCUACCAGGAGCCACAGGAAGGCUUUGUGAACGAUGCCUCUACGGAUUCUGGAAUUACGGAUCAAAUGGCUGCCAGAGAUGUCAAUGUGAAGGACAUUGUGACAGUGUGACAGGACAGUGCUUGGCAGGGCCUACAGAAGCCCCAACCAACUGCUCGGUUGUUAAGUGUGACAAGUGCAUCUGGGACUUACUGGAGGACUUGGAAUUGACAGGAUCUUCACUGGAAGAAGUCAAGUCUAAUAUUUUAAGUGUUAUUACUGGUGAAGCCAUGAGUGACGAUUUAGAUGAGUUCAAUAUCACAUUGGACUUCUUUACUGACAAGCUUGCAGAGAUGGAAAGACAGUCAUCGUUGCAGAUUCUCAAUAUAGACAGUAUUAAACAAGCUACAAUGAACCUUAUUUCCAAUCUUGACUUACUAUCUGAAAAGAAUAAUAUAACCAGUUCAAUGAUGCAGAUUUUAGACAAGGAAACGUUGGAAACAAGUGACCAUGCUAACCAGUUAAGUGGACAGAUUGCUACCAUUGCCAGCUCCAUUCAAGACAUUAUUGUAGGCUUCGAUAAGUAUGGACAAACAGCAGAACUUUCUCCUGAGGAAAUCAACAAAAGCUUUAUACGAGUGGCCGAUAUGUUGGAUGAGAUGAGAGCCCGCAACUUCUCUGAGCAGAAGCCAAUAGCAGAGGAAGAAAAAGAUGAAGCCCAGAGAUUGCUGGAACGAGUACUUGCCCUUCAGAAUGUAUUGAAUGAAAGUAUUAACUCGGUCAUUGAAAUACAAGACAACAUCGAUGUGUACAAUAUCAAGCUCUCAGACCUGAAACAGGCACUAGAGGAUGCGAUCAAGAGUGUGCAACAGACAGAGGAGAAAAAUGAAAAACAUGUUGCUGGAUAUCAAAGAAAAGAGCAACUGCAAAAUGUGCUAAUUGAACAUUUUGAUACCGUUAAUAUGACUCUUCUAAUGGCUAGCGAAAGCUUGAUAGACACAGAGAACACUAUAUCUGAACUGGAAAACAACAUGACGGCCAUGUCUGAGUUCCAUGCCUCAAUAGAUGGUGCUCAUGAAAGACUGAGAGAGAAGCUGGCUAAUCUUUCCUCAUAUAACAAAGACCUGGUUCUCCGAGCAACAGAGUACUCUCGAGAUCUUGACAAACUUGCCUUGGAACUGGCCAGCAUUUUGAAGAGCAUUGACACAAACGGAUUUAUCCAGAAGGCACUAACUGCUGCAAACGUCUAUAAUACUAUUGUUGAGUAUAUUGCUGAGGCUGAGAACAAUGCAACAACUAUACUCAACGCUGCACAGAGAGCUGGGGAUGCUGUGGAAGGAAUUCAGACCCAGAGCACCUGGCUCAGAAACAAAAGCGAGACACUUCUAGACAAGGUGAAGGAAUUAUCAGGGAUCAUGGUGGAUCAAGAUGAGAUGUCUUUUAAUGAGACCAUGGACCGUGUGGAAGAAGCUAUCAAUAAGAAAAAUGAUGCAGAACAGCAAUUGUUAAAUGUUGUAAACCAGCUGGAAAUGAUUGAGCUAAAUGAUGCAGGUUUACUUCUGAACCAAUCAAAGCUGAUUGCUGAAGAAGCAUUGAACACCUCUCGGAUGGUGACUGAGACAAUUGCCCCAAUGGAUGACUUUGUGAAACUUUGGUUGCAGAAUCUGAACACCUCUGCUCAUGACAGCUCCACCUUCAACAAAGCAGUGAGCUCAGCGGGUGAUGCAGUGAACGAUUUGACUGAAUUAGUUCCACAACUCCUAGACAAACUUCGAAUUGUGGAACAGAAAAGGCCAGCAAACAAUAUCUCUGCCAGCAUCCUGCGGAUCAGGGAAUUAAUUGCACAGACUAGGAAUGUGGCGAGCAAGAUUCAAGUCUCCAUGAAGUUUGAGGGUCAGUCUGCUGUGGAAGUCCGUUCAAAAUCAAAUCUGGAAGAGCUCAAGUCCUUCACUUCAAUGAGUUUGUACAUGAGAGUCCCUUCCUUAAGCGAAUAUGGACAGGCUGCCAGCCAAGAUAGAUUCAUCAUGUACCUCGGAAACAAAAAUGCAAAAAGUGAUUAUAUUGGCUUGGGUAUUAAGAACGACAACUUGGUGUAUGUCUACAAUCUAGGAAAAGGAGAUGUUGAGAUUCCAUUGAACUCAAAGCCUGUGAGCACAUGGCCCAACUACUUUAACUUAAUUAAAAUAGAAAGGGUCGGAAGGCAUGGAAAAGUUCAGCUGACUGUACCCAGCCCAGGCAGCACAGCUGAACAGAAAUUCAUCCAGAAGGGAGUGGCAGAAGGCAAUGAUUCUCUGCUGAAUCUUGAACCUGAGAAUCUGGUGUUCUAUGUUGGUGGUGUACCUCCAGACUUUCAGCUUCCUGUCAGCUUGAACCUUUCUGCUUUUAUCGGCUGUGUCGAACUGUCCACUCUCAACAAUGACAUAAUCAGUCUCUACAACUUCAAGCAGCUGCACAACUUGAACACUACAACCUUGAGACCCUGCACAAGACACAAGCUUGCUUUUGCUCAGAGCCGGGCUGCAAACUUCUACUUUGAUGGUUCAGGAUAUGCUUUUGUGAAGAACAUAGAAAGAAGAGGGAAAUUCAGCAUUGCAACUCGGUUCAACUUGGACAUUCGUACACCAGCUGACAGUGCCCUGCUGUUAUUGAUGGUGAAUGGGGAUAUGUUCUUCAGUAUGGAAAUGCAAAACGGUUACAUUCGCCUGGUUUAUGACUUUGGGUUCAGCAAAGGCCCAGUUGUUGUGGAAGACACUGAGAAGAAGAAGCUAAUAAAUGAUGCAAAAUACCACGAGGUCUCGUUUAUUUAUCACCACCUUAAGAAGAUGAUCCUGCUGAUUGACAGGCAUAAUGUCAAAAGUGUGGAAAAUGAAAAGAAGACCAUGUACUUCACUGAUGUGUAUGUGGGCGGAGCUCCUGCCCACAUCUUGUCAAGACUGAAAUCACAUGUGGCAGUAGAUGCUGGAUUUCGAGGUUGUCUCAGAAGCUUCCAGUUUCAGAGGAGAGACAUCAAUCUGUUAGAGGAAGAGGAGACACUGGGAAUCAGCAGUGGCUGUCCAGAGGAAUCACUUAUGUCCCGCAAGGCCUAUUUCAAUGGUGAAGGCUUCAUCUCGUCCACUGAAAAAAUCACACCAUUUUCAAACUUCGAAGGUGGCUUCAACUUCAGGACAUUACAGUCUAAUGGACUGCUUUUCCAUUACAGCAGAGGGUCUGAUAUCUUCUCUAUCUCGCUGGACAAUGGGACAGUCAUGUUCAAAGUGAAAGAAACAACAAUCCAGUCUGAAAUGGAACAAUACAAUGAUGGACGCAAUCAUUUCAUCAGGGCAAGUGUCACCCCAUUGAGUUGUCAGCUGAUAGUCGACGACAAGGACAGAAAGACAGAAGAUUGCCUGUCAAAUUAUAGAGAAGAACCUUCAGAAGUCAAAAUGCCAUUUUACUUUGGAGGCUUGCCACACAACGAGCAUGUCAAUUUCACAGGCUGCAUCAGCAAUGCAUAUCUCAGCAGACUUGACAAAGAUACUGAAGUGGAGGAUUUCCAGACAUAUACUGAGAAAGUUCAGACUUCCCUAUAUGGCUGUCCAACUGAGACUCAUCCAGCAGCAAUACUCCAUCAAAGUCAAAGGAAUUCUGCUAAAGCUAAGAGAGGACGCAGUGGAAAGGUUGGGAGAGAUAAAACAAGUUUUCUGAAAGAUCCAGUUGCUCUGAAUGGAAAGCUAGAAGAACAAUACCUACAAGACGAUGCAUAUUGCUACCUGCCAAUCAAGCCCAGAGCUAUCCAACAUGCGUAUCAAUAUGGAGGAAUUCCCUACAGUCGACAGGAGUUUCACAACAUUCCAGAAUUUUUUAGCCACAAGUCUCAUUUCUCUGUCAGUAUGCGAACUCGCUCUCCCCAUGGACUCAUAUUUUACGUGGCAAAUGAAGACGAAAGCCAAUUUAUGACACUUUUUGCUGCUCGUGGCCACCUUAUUUACUCUUUCAGUGAUGGUAACCAUAAAUUGAAAAUAAAAAGUCAGGAGAAAUACAAUGAUGGCCUCUGGCAUAAUAUCAUCUUUAUGCGUACAGGUAAUAAAGGUCGCUUAGUAAUUGAUGGUCUGCAGGUUCUGGAGGACAGUCACAAUAGUCCUGCCUUUGCAUUGCACAUCAGGGAGCCUUUCUAUAUUGGUGGUGUGCCUUUGGGAAGAGCCACCAAGAACAUUCAGGUCAAAUCAGUCCAGAGUUUUAAUGGAUGUCUGCGGAACUUCCAGUUGAAUGGACAGGUGCUUUCACCUGCUAUCCAGACAUUUGGUGUUACUCCAUGUUUUGAAGGCCCAAUGGAAUCGGGGACAUACUUCUCUGCAGAUGGAGGAUAUAUGGUUCUGGAUGAUUCUUUCAAUUUAGGAUUACAAUUUGAGCUUGUUUUUGAAAUUCGCCCCAGAAAUCAUUCAGGAAUUUUGCUGCACGUCCACAGCUCAAAUCGGAAGUACUUAAAUCUCUUCAUGGAAAAGGGGAAGGUUAUGUUGAAAGUUCAUAAUGGAGCAAAGGAAUUUGCAACAUCAGUCACAGCAAAGCAAAGUCUGUGUGAUGGUCAAUGGCACAGAAUAGCAGUUAUCAGAGAUUCCAACGUUGUGCAGUUGGAUGUGGAUUCUGAGGUAAACCAUGUAGUGGGACCACUAAGUACACACUCUGUUGACAGCAAGGCACCGGUCUUUGUUGGAGGAGUGCCAGAGUCUUUGCUCAACCCAAGGUUGAACAUUCGUCACUCAUUCACUGGAUGCAUCAAAAACUUUAACAUCAAUGAAAGUCCAGUCAUUUUCAGCAAGGCUGCUCUGGUCAGUGGAGGAGUCCACAUCAAUUCCUGCCCAGCAAUCUAGCAAGCACUGCUUCUGCAAUUUAUAUCUAACAACCAAAGGAAAGCUGAAAUGUCAUCAAUGUUCAACCUCUGGGGAGAGGCAGUAAUUUUACUUAAUUGAUACAACUAUUGGAUGUAGCUUUCUCUUUCUUAAGUUUUAAUAAUUUUCCUUCAUGCCAUACUUUCCAGCGCAUUUGUUUGAUUUUCUUUUUAUUUCAUUAAGACUGAUUAAUUAAGAAUUAAUUGCAACAAGAAGCAGGACAAACGCAUUUUCUAUCCUGUCUUUGAAAGCAAUAACAUGGUGAAAUUAGAUUACAUUGAUCUUGGACCUGAAUGAGCCAAAUUUUUAGUUCUGGUUAUCUAAAGGGGAAUUUUGAUUUGGUGGUUUCCUUACUUCUCUAUGUACAACAUCCUUGAAAUGACAUAGGCAGCAACCUGACAUCAGGGAAAUCAGCCAUUUUCACACUUUUCCUAUAGUGUAGUCUCCAACCUAUUAGAACAGUCAUAACCCGGUGUCCCUAUAUUUUCAGAUGUGCACUUAUAUGAACAGCUGUUUAAACGUAUCUGAUUUGGGAUGAAGUUUUAUGUCAAUAACACUAAUAAAACCCCACAGAAAUGGAGGCAAAUAGGCAAAUGGUUUUCACCUUGGUUGGAUUUCAUUUUUUUUAACUAGUAAACGUGUGUGAGAGAGAAACCGUCUUCUUCCCACAGCAGCUUUUUCAGUUAUUCACCUAAUUUCUGCUUCUGCUUACUGGUGCUUUUAUUUAAUGAAAGACAGCUGAAGUCAAUAAACCCAAAUACUAGCGAAAAUGAAAUUGCCUUAAAUGUGACCAAUGGAAAUGAGUGGGGGAAAAGUGCCCUACUGGUAUAUAAUCAAGAGGAGUAAUUUCCGUUUGUGUAUAUUUUUUGGAAAAAACUUUAAAUAGAUUAACUUUCAUCAGCAGGUGGGUACGACUGCAGUUAAAUUCAUUCUCAUAGUGGGACGGGAGAUUUAAAGAACUUCUGCCUCUCAUCCUCUCUCUUCCUCCCUCCCCCAUAAAAGCACAGUAAUAAGUCUUGCUGAAAUGAAUAAAUUGAUCUUACUGCCA